UUAAAGUUUUCACAGUCAACAUUGGUGAUGAAAUGAUCAAGAUCCGUUCUAACGUGAACUUGCUCAUUAGUACACCUGUAAUUUAUUCAGUUUGCAAUCAGUUCCAUCACAACUUCAUCUAAUUAAGACAAUUAAAAAUGGAUAAUGCAACUGAAAGUGCUACUCAACAAAUCAAAACACCUUUGAAAGAGUUAUCUCCCAGUCCUGAAUUUAUCGAACAUCGGUUGAAGCUAUGGGAUGAGUUUAAAUCUAUUUAUUUGGCCGAGUUGGCUACCAAAGAACCUAAAUUGAUUAAAAUCUCCUGUAUUGACAAAGAUGGAAAUUUAAAAACUUUAGAGGGACUUGAAAGCUGGAAGACAACUCCGAUUGAUGUUGCCAAAGUUGGAUCCAAAUCAUGGGUUGAAAGCAUAAUCAUUUCAAAAGUUAAUGGAAAGUUGUGGGAUCUUGAAAGACCAUUAGAGGAAGAUUGUUCAAUUGAGUUAAUCAAAUUUGAUGAUGACACAGGUAAGGCUGUCUUCUGGCAUUCAACUGCCCAUGUUUUGGGAGAAGCCCUGGAAAGAUUAUAUGGAAGUCACCUUUGUUAUGGUCCUCCAAUUGAAAAUGGUUUCUAUUAUGAUAUGUACAUGAUUCAUAAAUCGUGUAAUCAAUGUGGAGAAUCUGGUGACGCGGAAAAAACCUACUCACGCACUCGCUCAUGGAAAGAUUUACCCAUAAAAUUCGCAGACUUUGGUGUUCUCCAUCGAAAUGAAGUCUCUGGAGCUCUCUCAGGAUUGACUCGGGUUAGAAGAUUCCAACAAGAUGAUGCCCAUAUUUUCUGUUCCUAUUCACAAAUUGAAAAAGAAAUUUUGGAAUGUCUACAAUUCAUGCAAGACGUCUACUCAACCCUUGGAUUCACUUUUGAUAUGGUUUUAUCAACCCGUCCUGAUUCUUACAUUGGUGAACUGUCUAUCUGGAAUAAUGCAGAAGAAUCUUUGAAAAAUGCUUUAAAUGCCAGUGGAAAUAAAUGGGGUCUAAAUCCCGGUGAUGGUGCCUUUUACGGACCAAAAAUUGAUAUAACCGUAAAAGAUGCCCUCAAAAGACCUUUCCAAUGUGCUACAAUCCAAUUAGAUUUUCAGCUACCAAUAAGAUUCAAUCUUAGUUAUAUUGGACCCGAUGGGGAAAAACACAAACCAGUAUUCAUCCACAGUUUUGGUUCAGUUGAAAGAUUUAUAGCAAUUUUGACCGAAAACUUUGCUGGAAAAUGGCCUUUCUGGUUAUCACCAAAACAAGCAAUUCUCAUUCCGGUAGCUGAACCAUUUGUUGAAUAUGCUGAAUCAGUUCGCUCGAAACUCUAUUUAGCUGGUUUUGAAGCAGAAAUCGAAGCUGAUCCAGGGCUCAGUCUAAACAAAAAAGUUCGUAACGCCCAGCUUGAUAAAUUCAAUUUUAUCUUGGUUGUUGGUGAAAAGGAAAAAGAAAACGAUUCAGUGAAUAUGCGAACUCGAGAUAAUGUGGUUAGAGGUGAAUUUAAAGUAGACGAUUUGAUUGAGAAAUUCAAACGUUUCAAGGAGCAAAGAUUAUUGAAAGCUGAAGAUGAGUUUUAAAAGUUCUGCAAACAAUAUCAGGGAGUAUCCUCCCUCUAUUUUUGCGCAACCAAAUGAUCAAAAAGUUUAGCGAGUAAGCUGGUUCAAAAGAGAUCAAAAUGGAGAAAAAAGAUCAACAAUCAAUCAAAGUGGCAGUAUAGAUUGAAGUUGAAAAAACGGUAAAACGGAAAAAAUGGAAAAUGCUUCAAAAAAUAAACAUUCAAUCAUUUGUAACCUUUGUGAAAACAGAUUGAUUUGAGUUAAAUUUAAAUCAGGGUGAUAACAUUGGCUCCAAGUUUAAAUAAUGAUGAGAUUAAUAAUCGGAUGAACCUUAAGUGACAAGUCUCUGCACAACAUUAUGAUUGAAAACAUUUGAAGCGCCAUUGACCGAAAAGACUCAUUUUGCACGUGGAUUACAAGGGGACUCUAGUUAAUUUUAUUGUAAAUGUAAGAUAUUUCUAUUGAUUGAGAUCUUUUAUAACUGUGAAAUUAAUUAAGCAAUGAAAGUUUAUAAGUUAUCAAUAUUUUAAAGGAUUAAACUUCUCAUCUGGUUUCA